AUGCCUAAGAAGGGUGGCAAGAAGAAGAACAAGGGUGGCGCCAAGGCCCCCGUCGCCGCCGCCGUCGACAAGGUCGCCGAUACUGCGAAGAAUAUUGUUCAUCCCGGCCACGAGUCCGAGAACGCCGAGACCAACACCGCACAGACUGAUGCGCCUACCACCGUGUCGCAGCCUGACGCUGCCGCCGAUGUGAAGAAGACUGAUGCUGUUGCCGACGCUGCCACGCCCGCCGCCACCACCACCAACGCCACUGAAUCCGAAUCCAACAAGAUCGAGGAGAAGGUUGCGCCCGCUGUCGCAGGGAAGGUCGAGGAGCCCAAGGCCGAAGCCGAGGAGAAGGCUGUCCUCCCCGGGAGCACUGUCAAGGAGACCUCCCAUGGCGCAGACAUCUAUCCUUCCACCAGCGAAGCCGCCGCCGAGGAGUCGGCCACUUCCACCGUUGCCGCGACCGGAGCCGCUGCCCCCAUCUCCAGCUUGACCGAGCGACCCAAGACCGCCGAGUCGGCCACCGUCGCCCCCGCCGCCGCCGAGCCCGUUGCCGCUGCAGUCCCCUCGGAGAGCGAUGCCGCCCACACCAAGCGCCCGUACGAGAAGCCCAUCUUCUCCAACGACGAGGUGAAGCCGCACAAGAUCGCCAAGACCGAGGAGGAAAAGGCAGCUGCCAGCGCCGCGGCCGAGAAGCAGAUCCUGACUGGUGCUGGGCCCGCCUCCACUGCCGCUUACACUGCUCCCGAGCCCGUGCCUGUCCCUGAGACCAAGAAGGUCGAGGAAAAGCCCACCGAGAAGCAGGUCGAGAAGCAGCCCACUCUGAUCCAGCCCCCUGCUACUCAGGCGCCCAUCCCCAAGACUUCCACAGCGACCGACAAGCAGCCCGCCUCACCUGACGCGGUCGCCGCUGCCAACGCUGCCAUCAACACCUCCAAGACUGACAAGUCUGCCGCGCAGGCUCCGGUCGUCGCCGACGAGCCCAAGAAGCCCGAGGCUGCUUUCAAGCGCGGCGAGGAGCCCGCCACCGAGGCACCCAAGACGGAGGCCAAGGAGUCUGCUCAAGAACCCGCCAAGGCGAACGAGGAGACCAAGGCCGACCAAGCUACUGAGCAGCAGCAACCCGAGAAGAAGAAGGGUGGUUUCUUUGGCUGGUUGAAGCGGAAGUUCAAGUAG